AUGCCGAGCCGCGACCUUGGAGGCCAAGACGCCACACCCGCCAGCUCCCCCACGAACCGAGUCGGUUCAGCGCCGGCUGGGGCAAACGAAACGCUGGAAGAUGAUGGUCCGUUCAAGCAUCUGCCAGAGCACGAGAGGCUCAUCCUCAAGAGGCAGCUGGAUCUGCCCGCCACCAAUGUCAGUUACAUGGCUUUAUAUCGUUAUGCGACGCGGAAUGACAAGAUCGUCCUCGUCCUGGCCUCGGUGGCCGCAAUCAUCGGCGGUGCACUUAUGCCCAUGAUGACCGUUCUGUUCGGUGGUCUUGCAGGCACCUUCCGCAGCUUCCUACUGGGCGACAUCUCGCACAGCAAGUUCAACAGCGAGCUUGCUAGUUUCACUCUGUACUUUGUCUACCUCGCUAUAGGCGAGUUUGCCAUGGUUUACAUGGCCACGAUCGGUUUCGUGUACGCCGGUGAACACAUCACAGCGAAGAUCAGAGAGCGGUUCCUUGCCGCCAUUCUACGACAGAACAUUGCCUUUUUCGACGAGCUCGGCGCGGGUGAGAUCACCACACGCAUUACAGCAGACACCAAUCUUGUCCAGGAAGGCAUCUCAGAGAAAGUCGGGUUGACCCUGACAGCCAUCGCCACCUUUGUGGCCGCUCUUGUGAUCGGUUUCGUCAGGUACUGGAAGCUGACGCUGAUUCUGUUCUCCACCGUCGUCGCUAUCGUUGUCACAUUGGGCUUCGUGGGCACGUUCGUCGCUAAGCUCAGCAAGAUAUACCUCGGUCAUUUUGCUGAAGGCGGAACGGUUGCAGAAGAGGUUAUCAGCUCGAUCCGAAACCCGGUUGCGUUCAAUACCCAAGAGAAGUUGGCUCGACGAUACGAUGGGUAUCUCGUUGAAGCAGAGAAGUCCGGAUUCAAGCUCAAGGCCACCACCAGCUCAAUGAUUGGCUUUCUCUUUCUGUACAUCUACCUCAAUUAUGGGCUGUCUUUCUGGAUGGGCUCCCGCUUCCUGGUGGAUGGGUCCGUUGGGCUAGCGCAGAUCCUCACCAUUCAAAUGGCCAUCAUGAUGGGUGCCUUUGCCCUGGGCAAUAUUACACCGAAUGUCCAAGCCAUCAUCACAGCGGUCGCCGCAGCCAAUAAGAUCUAUGCAACCAUUGAUCGAGUCUCUCCUCUCGACCCUCUAUCGACCGAGGGGCAGAAGCUCGAGGAGCUUCGGGGAGAUGUGGAGCUCAAGAACAUCAGACAUAUAUACCCUUCCCGCCCCGAUGUUGUUGUGAUGGAUGAUGUGAGCUUGCUAUUCCCAGCAGGCAAGUCUACUGCGCUUGUUGGGGCUUCAGGCUCUGGAAAGAGCACUAUCAUCGGACUGAUCGAGCGUUUCUACGACCCUAUUGGCGGAUCCCUACACAUCGACGGCCGUGAUAUCAAAGACCUGAAUCUACGCUGGUUGCGACAACAAAUCUCGUUGGUUAGCCAGGAGCCUACAUUAUUCGCCACUACGAUAUUUGGAAAUAUUAAGCACGGAUUGAUUGGAGCACCGCACGAGCAUGCGUCCGAAAAAGCAAUCACUGAGCUGGUCGAACGCGCCGCUCGAAUGGCAAAUGCCCACGACUUCAUCACCUCCCUUCCCGAAGGCUACGAAACCGACAUUGGCGAACGAGGGCUACUUCUCUCAGGAGGUCAGAAACAACGCAUUGCCAUUGCCAGGGCCAUCGUUAGCGAUCCUAAGAUCCUGCUACUUGACGAGGCGACAUCCGCACUCGACACAAAGAGCGAGGGAGUUGUACAAGCCGCACUCGACAAAGCUGCCCAGGGACGAACCACCGUGAUCAUUGCUCACCGACUGUCCACUAUCAAGAAUGCUGACAAUAUUGUUGUUAUGUCCCAUGGACGUGUUGUCGAGCAGGGUACCCACGAUGAACUCCUCCAGAAGAAAGCGGCUUACUACAAUUUGGUCGAGGCUCAGCGAAUCGCGACGAAGCAAGAGUCUAGAAACCAAGAUAAUGAUCACAUUCUGCCCGAAACCGAUUAUGAUUUACCGUCAGCUGAAUAUGAUGAGAAGCGCGACAGCUUAGGCAAAUUGGAUGAUGGAGAAGAACCCCAGGACCUUAAGGCGGACAAGACACAGCCAGGCAAAUCACCAACGGCACUUGCGAAGAAGAGACAAGAGGACAUUGCCGAUAAUCAUACCUUGUUCGAGCUGAUACGUUUCGUCGCGGGUUUGAACAAACAAGAAUGGAAAUAUAUGAUCUUUGGAAUUUUACUCGCCAUCGUUUGCGGUGGAGGUAAUCCAACACAAGCUGUCUUCUUCUCCAAGUGCAUUACAGCCCUUUCACUCCCUCUUUCAGAGAGCUCUGAAAUACGGCGACAAGUUAACUUCUGGUCGCUGAUGUAUUUGAUGCUCGCCUUUGUGCAACUGUUCGCUCUCAUCUCUCAGGGUAUUGCGUUCUCUUACUGCGCAGAGCGACUUACCCAUCGAGUUCGCGACCGAGCAUUCCGAUAUAUCCUCCGACAAGACAUUGCCUACUUCGACAAACGUUCUGCGGGUGCUCUCACUUCCUUCCUGUCCACCGAGACCUCCCAAUUGGCCGGGCUGUCUGGGAUUACUCUGAUGACCAUUCUCUUACUGAUCACUACCUUAGUUGCCGCUUCCGCCAUUGGGCUGGCUGUAGGGUGGAAGCUUAGCCUGGUUUGCAUUUCCACCAUCCCCCUUCUUCUCGCUUGUGGGUACUUCCGUUUGGCGAUGCUGGUCCGACUCGAGAGAGAGAAGAAGAAAGCCUACGAAGAUUCUGCAAGCUAUGCCUGCGAGGCCACUUCAGCUAUCCGAACCGUGGCUUCCUUGACCCGCGAGGGUGACAUCUGCAGUCACUACCACGCACAGCUUCUCUCGCAAGGCCGCAGCCUAGUGUGGUCGGUCCUCAAGUCGUCCACUCUCUACGCGGCAUCUCAAUCACUUCAGUUCCUCUGCAUGGCUCUCGGCUUUUGGUAUGGAGGCACCCUGUUCGGUAGACACGAAUAUACCAUGUUCCAGUUCUUCUUGUGUUUCAGCACCGUCAUCUUCGGCGCGCAGUCUGCAGGGACUAUCUUCAGCUUCGCACCAGAUCUUGCCAAAGCUCGUCACGCUGCUGCUAGCGUCAAGGCCCUCUUCGAACGGACACCGGAAAUUGAUAGCUGGAGCCAUGACGGCGAAAAGGUUCAGAGUAUAGAAGGCCAUAUCGAGUUCAGGGAUGUACACUUCAGGUACCCGUCGCGACCAAACCAGCCUGUUCUACGAGGCCUCAAUCUCCAGGUCAAGCCUGGGCAGUACGUUGCGUUUGUUGGAGCUAGUGGAUGUGGCAAGUCCACUGCAAUUGCGCUCUUGGAGAGAUUCUACGACCCGGCUCUCGGUGGUGUCUACGUCGAUGGCAAGGAAAUCUCAUCAUUCAACAUUAAAAAUUACCGCUCCCAUCUCGCACUUGUUAGCCAAGAGCCAACGCUGUACCAAGGUACCAUCCGCGAGAAUAUCAUGCUGGGUACGGACCGAGAUGACGUUUCGGAAGACGAAAUAGUGACAUGCUGCAAGAACGCAAAUAUCUACGAUUUUAUUAUUGGUCUGCCAAGCGGUUUCGAUACUCUCGUUGGUAGUAAGGGCAGUAUGCUGUCAGGUGGCCAGAAGCAGCGUCUUGCAAUUGCUAGAGCCUUACUCCGCAACCCAAAAAUACUUUUGCUGGAUGAGGCCACCUCUGCUCUCGAUUCCGAGUCUGAAAAGCUCGUGCAAGCUGCUCUGGAUACUGCAGCUAAAGGCCGCACGACGAUCGCCGUGGCGCAUCGUCUCAGUACGGUGCAAACGGCAGACAUGAUCUAUGUCUUCAACCAAGGUCGCAUCAUCGAGGCCGGAACUCAUUCUGAGCUGAUGCAGAAGCGGUCGGCGUACUUUGAGCUUGUCGGCUUGCAGAAUUUGGGCGAAAUGUAA